CGGCGGCGGCUGUUCGCCUCGCCGUCUGAGGGCGGAGCGGGGAGGGAAAGACGGCGCCGAGUUUAGCACCCUGACUUGAGCGCGGGGGGCCCCGGUGGUUUUCCGCAGGUCGUCGUUGUCGUCAAGAUGGAGGAGGCGGGGAUGGUUUCGCCGCUGCCGGAUACGGCGUAAGAAAGGUGGGAAGCUGUCGGGGGAAGCCGGCGCGUUUGGUUCGAGGCAGCGAAGGGCGCCCGAGGCGAGGCGAUGCUGUCGGUCUAUGGCAUAUUGCUGUCAGCUCUGCUGGGCUCCUUCCUCACGCUGCUCGCCCAGCUCCUGAUCUUUUACCGGAGGCAGCCCGAAGCCGUCCCCGGGGUGUCCCGGCUUCGCGGCUCUAACUUCUUUGUUACCAGAGUAAUGCCGGACUCGACCCUCAAGGAGUAUUUAACCGGCUUCCUCGUCUUGGGGCAGGAAGCGUUUUUCCCCGGAUCUUUAAUCAGCCAGCCUUCCAAAACCGAGCAGAGCUUCAAAGCCCCCGACCAGGAAUCGCCCCCUUUGGUGGAAUGCACGGAGGAGACCCUCUACUGGCUCAAUGCCAUCUGCCUCUUUCUCUUCAGGGAACUCAAGGACACCUCCUUGCUCCGCCACUGGGUCACCAGGAAAAUCAAGGUGGAAUUCGAGGAGCUUUUGCAGACCAAGGUGACCGGCAAAGUGUUGGAGGGGGUCAGCUUGCGGGAUGUCUCCUUUGGCAACGUCAUCCCCCUUUUUAAAAACAUCAAGAUAUUGCGGCCGGUGACGUGUAACGAGGAAGGCUGCCCCGAGGAGCUGGACUUCGAAGUUGACAUGGAGUACGAGGGGGGCUUCCACUUAGCCAUUGAUGCGGACCUGGUUUUUGGCAAGUCGGCCUAUCUGUUUGCCAAAAUCUCUAAAAUCAUGGGUCGGCUGAGGCUGGUCUUCACCCGUAUACCCUUCACGCACUGGUCCUUUGCUUUUGUCGACGAACCUUUGAUCGACCUUGAGGUCAAGUCGCAGUUUGAAGGGAGACCCUUGCCCCAACUGACUUCCAUCAUUGUCAAUCAGUUCAAGAAAGUGAUCAAGCGCAAGCAUACCUUACCUCACUAUAAAAUCAGAUUAUUUAUUUUUGGUUCCUAUGAGAGAGAAAUAAAUAUUCACUGCACAAUUGAAUUGAGUGACAAAUUUUGGGAAGACAAAGAAAGGACUUUCAUCAAGACGGCAGAACUCAUAAAAGGAAGUUCGCCAAGUAUUGGAAUCACUCUGCGUCAAAUACAGGCUAAGGAAGGAGAAGCAGGUCACGUUGUUAUUGAAACUGUUACACCAAAUUCUGCUGCUUCUGCCGCUGACCUUCAGAGGGGCGACAGGCUAUUAUCUAUUGGAGGAGUCAGGAUUACAUCAACAGUACAAGUGUUAAAACUUAUCAAACAGGCCGGUGAAAGAGUCACCAUAUAUUAUGAGAGACCGGUUGGCUAUACUCCUCAGACUUCAUUAGCACAAGAUAAUCUUACUCAGUUGGAAGAGUCAACAUUUUCAGAUGAAUAUUUGCUGAAUGAAAUAGAUAAUAAAGAAUUAGAUAUAGAAUUUGAAGACUUGGCAAAUGCACUAAAGUCAAGUGAAUUCAAAGAUGAUUCUUCAACUAGUCCCAAACACAUACCAGUUUCACUUGCUGGUAAACCACCUGGAACGCUAUCUCCAGUAUUAAAUCGCAAGUUACAUGUAGGAAGUUAUCAGGCAUCUUCAAGGGUACUUUUCAAAGAGACAGCCAGACCAGUAGUACACAAAAGUCCUGAGAACUUGGAUUUAAGUCAACAGACAAACAAACAGCCACAGUUAAAUGUAACCAAACCACCUGUACCACCCAGACCACAGAUUAAAGUGCCAGCAGUUUCUAGUGAUGUUCAAAAUAAAUUAGAAACUGGUGACUUAUCUUCUGAGAAAGUAGACAAGCUCCCUUUUCCUGCCAAUAAUGGAGACAAGGGUUCAGAAAAAGUAAUCAAAGUUAUUGAUCUAGGAGAAGAAUCUACAGGACUCAAACCACUUGCUAAGGAGGCUUCAGAAAUUUCAUCGAGUUUUAAAACAAUUACAAAUAAAUCAGAAGCAUUAAAAGAAAGUAUAGAAUCUCUGCAGAAUAUUAAAGCACCUGUCAAUAAAUCUGUUACAAACAAAUCAGAACUACAUAAAGACAUAUCAGAUUAUUCACCUUAUUCACUGAAUGCUAAGGCAGUAGAAAACCAUAAUUCGUGGGAAUCACCAGAAAUUCCUUACCGUAAUCGAGCAGGUAAAUGGGCAAGGACAAAAGCUUCUUCCUACAUAUUUGAAGUAGGAAAAGAACACACUUACCUAAAUAUUGGUGUUUGGUGUAGAGACCCUUUUAAAGUAGGUGGGCUGGUUUGUUUGGGGUAUGAAAGCGUAAAACUUGAAGAUGUAGCUUUAGAUUGUAUAGCUACAUCCUCCAUGGAAUUCAUUAGGUCAUUUCGACUAAAUCCUCCUGCCCCUAAAGCUACAGUAACUAGAACAGCAUUGCGGAGUUUGAUCUCACACAAAGGUUUCAAUGAAAAGUUUUGUUAUGGUGAUGUCACACUACAUUUUAAAUAUUUAAGAGAGGGUGAGCCGGAAGACUCAACUUUUCUGUUGGAAAAAGAGAAAGAAAAUAUUUCAGAAGAAGCAGCAGCUCCCGUUCUUUCAAAAGAAGAUUCUUAUUUCGGACAAAUUACUUAUACUGAAAAUAGGCACAAUUUCCAAGAUACUCAGUUUCAAAAUCCAACUUGGUGUGACUACUGCAAAAAGAAAGUUUGGACAAAAGCAGCCUCACAGUGUGUGGUUUGUGCGUAUGUUUGCCACAAAAAAUGUCAAGAAAAGUGUCUGACAGAUGCUCCCUUCUGUUUAGGAGCCACAAGACGACUUGAACGAGUUUUACACCCUUUUAAAUUUGAAAACCAAGAUUCUCAGUCCACACCAGGACCUCGUGUAGAUUCAGAAUUGAAACCUGCCAAUAAAGCAGCGGGUCUAACAAGACACCUCCUUAAUACAAGCAGCCGAUUCUUAAACCUCCGCCAAGUUCCUAAAGUUCGCGUUAAUGAGCAAGGACCUGAAAUGGUAGAACCUUCGCCAAAGCAGACGCCACACCCUUCUGAUAAUGAGGGUAGUGAUACAGAUACCGGUGGCCCUAGUAGCCCUUCUAAGCAAGUAACUACUUCGGGGAUUAAAUUAGCAAGGAAGGAAGGAGGACUUGAUGACAGUGUUUUCAUUGCAGUGAAAGAAAUUGGCCGAGACCUUUACAGAAGUUUACCUACAGAAGAAAGAAUCCAGAAAUUGGAGAUUAUGUUAGAAAAACUUCAGCAGGAAAUAGACCAGGAACUGGAGAGCAACAAUUCCUUAAUUAGAGAAAAGAAAGAAGCAACGGAUGUAAGGAGAAAAAGGCUAUUGUCUGUUGCGCUGGCUAAAUCGGGGGAAAGGUUGCAGGCCCUAACACUCCUUAUGAUACAUUAUAAAGCAGGCAUUGAGGAUAUAGAAGAAAAUUCUGCUUUAGAGCUUGGAUCUAGAAAAGACGAUAAAGACGAAGAGGACAACACCUUAGUGGAAGAAACAGAUAAUGAAGAGGAGGCUGUUUUAGUCAUGGCACCAGUACUUGAAACCCUACUCAAAGAAGAAGAGAGACUUGAAUCCCAGAAUGCGUCUGUAGACUGAUAUUGCACAGUCGGUCUUGCAAAUGAUAAAACUGGGAAACACUUUGCACUUAAAUCAAACUACAUCGGAUUUCAAAAUUGUAAUUAAACACUGAGAUAAUAUAUACAUGCUGCUUCUCCAUUAUUUUUCAAACCCAUGUAAGGAAAUGGCUUUUAUUUCCAGGUACAAUAUGGUUUUAAUUCUGUUGAACCAUGUUAUGUUUCAAUAACAUUUUGGGACUUUAUACUAGAUGAUUUUUAAUUUAUUUGGACUUUUUUCUAAAAUGUUAUUUCUAAAAUAUAUCGGGGUAAAUUGCAAAAAAGGAAAAAAAAAAAGCAUUCAGACUGAUGUUUUGUUGGAAUGAGUGAAGCAGCCACUUCCUCCAUGAGACCUAACACCUCUUUUGAGGGCUUUCUGCUGUCAUCUCCACAGACAUGUUCACACCUAGCCUGCUUUUUUGGCAGUCUCAAUGGAAAUGUUGUCUUCUGAAGGGCACGGCUGCCUCUCUGUUUCAAGAAAGAGCCCUUUGCUCACAUCAACACACUUCCUGAAUUGCCCUUGAAAUGCUUUGCACAGUUUCGGUUCUCCUUUUUUGUUCCUUUUCAUUCCUCGGUUUUAAAACUUCACAUUUUUAUUUUGUGCUCAAAUUAGAACUACUGUAACAGCUGCUGAGGGGCCAGUUUUGAAAAUUUUUUGUUAUACUUUCCUGUUUGCUUAUUCAGUAUAUUUUGGAAAGGGGAUGGUGAUUGUCCGGUUUCUUUGUUUUUUGGUUGCUUUUUUUUCGUGCCAAUGAUGCA